UGUUACCCUUGAAUCCUGCAAUGAUCAAUCCCAUUCAAUCUUCCUUUUCACUCUUACAUACAUAGUACAACUUACACCUGUCUCAUGAUAAUAGGUUUCCGUUUUCUAGCUUCUCAAGUGCUGGUUCCUAGUUUCUAGUUUCCAGUUUCUAGUUUCUUAGCAACGCCGAGUCACACUUACUUGACCAUUCAUAUUUCAUAUUUCAAAUCUACAGUACAAAGUAUACUCUCUAACCAAAUAGCAUUGAAAAAAAGAAACGAAAAAGAGCAUAAUUUGUCAAGCCCCAGGUAAUCCUAAUCCAACUAAUAAACGCUUAUUAGUUAUUUCAUUUCAAACCGUCAUUCCCUGUCCUCUGAAUCAGUGAGGCGGGCGCAACGAAUCAGUGCCCCAUUUUGAUCCAUGUUGUUCCAGCAAAAAGCGAUCAGCUAAGCCGGGUUUCAAUAUGUUUGCAUGUUUAUAAUAUAAUUAUUCUUUCCUCUUUCUGUUCCGGGCAGUCUAGAUUUCCUAGACCGGACAGAGACCGAACAGAGACCGAACAGAACAUCUGGGUUGUACAGUACAAUGCCCAUCUUCCAGGUAGAUCUGGAGCAGAGGGAGUCUGCUGCACAAACAUCAACGUCUACUAUGGCGUCACCGUCUGACCAAUGCCACCAAUUCCACCCCGAUGGUACUUUGCAAAGGAAACAAUCAGAGGAGAGCAUGAGCACAGAUUUAUGUGACGGUCCGAUCCCAGAUAGCCCACUGCCUCGAACGCCAGAACGUGAUUUCCCGACCGAGUGCUCCGAUCGAUCUGAACUGAUUGAACGACUGAAAAGAGGCGAGAGCCCAACCUGGAGACCGAGUCGACAUUUGGAAUCAAUAUGGGGCCAACAACAGCCUGUGUCUCCUACUCGUAGCCCGAAACGCCCGACUACUCCCCCAUCACCUCCCUUACUGCCUUCAGUCACGAUAACUCCCGAGAGAGCGGGCACAGACUCGGAAGAUAAUGAAAAGAGGCAGCAAGAAGGGUCAAGCAUUGAGCGCCCACGUUCGGCUCUCCAUAGUGGGGACUUCACCCAGGAAGAGCCGUCUCAAGAUGCUAGCCUCGUACAAGGUAACGAGCAGGCUCCAAAGAGGCAAGAUUUUAGUGGCGUGGAUGACGGUAAUUCAUGGCUAGCUACUUCGCCUCCAAGGGACUUUACGCCCUUUCCGUUCGAGAGGCAGCAGAUAGUGGUGAGACCAGAACACUCGCCUUCAGGAUAUUCUUCUUUGUCCUCUUCCUUCUCUUCCAGCUUCGUUUAUAAGCCGCCCACUAGCCCUCUUGUCCAGUCUGAAAGCAAUGAUGAUAUUGAUUUGACAUCACCCAUGGAUGGCAUUGACAUCACUUCAAGCCUACCUAGAAAUACUCGUCGCCAUACAUUGAUGUCGUCUCACUCGACCUCCUAUGGGAUUCCUCAUAGUCAACCUCCGAGACAUCUACCUCAUACACGCCAUGAGAAGCCGUUUGCCUAUCAAGCACACCAGCCGAGGCGGUCUCUCGCUUCAACUCCUAAUUUUCCCAAUAUCCCCUCAAUCACGUGCUCUCCACAGACUCCAGCACUCCAAUCAAGGCGUCCAUCAUUCAACGCAGAUUUAUCACCACUACAGCAUGCAUCCAUGGUAGGGUCUUACGAAGAAAGCAUAUUGCGCGGACGCAUGUCAACAAAUCCAUCCAAACCUCUUGACUUUCUAGCUCAGAUUGGUGUCCUUGGGUUGGGUAAGUGCAAGUCGAGUCUACGAUGCCCUCCUCAUGUAACGUUGCCUUUCCCUGCCGUGUUCUAUAGUUACUCCGGCUCCUCUCAUAGUCGCUCCAAAGUAGAAGACGGCCCAAGUCCGUAUGUUGGACAAAUUGACUUGGAGAAUGGCCUUCCCAAUCAGGAGGAGGACGCCAGAUCAAAACGCAAGGCUAAGACCCGAAUAAUGGAACGAAAGGUGGUGGAAGAAGAGGCGACAGAACUGCACCGUCGUCCCGUGGAACAAUUGGAAAAAGACUCUCAUCAGGCUCAACGGCCCAGACGCAGGUCGGGUUCUCUCAGGGCUCCACCAGGGGGAAGCUACCGUAUUCCGGAAAAGGGGCAAAUUCAAAUUAUUAUCAAAAACCCAAACAAGACAGCUGUCAAAUUAUUUCUAGUUCCAUACGAUUUAACAGGAAUGGAACCUGGCACAAAGACAUUCAUCAGACAACGGAGCUAUUCAGCUGGGCCUAUCAUUGAUAAUAUGCCGGAAAUCAAGGACAAUGGGGCUGCAGAUCGCCCAAUCCUCAGAUAUCUAGUCCAUUUACACAUUUCCUGUCCUUCGAAGGGUCGGCAUUAUUUAUAUAAAAGCAUUAGAGUUGUCUUUGCAAACCGCGUGCCCGAUGGAAAAGAGAGGCUCCGGAACGAGAUCACUUUUCCUGAGCCCAGGUUUACCAGCUACAAACCAAUAAGGGUGAUGCAUCCUCCCAUCUCAGAGGGUACUGGUCCUGGCGCAAUUCUAGCUGCUGAGAAAGCCUUUCGAAGGCGCAGUUCUGGGAUUUACUUUGGGACUGCGAAUCAGACGUAUGACAAUGCUGGAGAGUUUUCUUCAGCAACUGUCCCAUAUCCGCUCUGUUCGUCUGGUCUUGUCGGACACAAUGCUCCGGUGGAGCCUAUUCCUCACGUGAAUAACUCUGUCCUUGCUGACGCUCAGUCGCCGACUUCUUCUCAAGCUAGCCGUCCGACUACGCAGAACUCAAGCAAUGUUUCUAAUUGGGGCGGUCGCAAUAGUCAGAUUGACAGAUACGACAAACUUAACAAGGGCGACGUAGGUUAUGGCGGAAAUGCGUUUGCCCAUCUAAUUAACGGCAACACCGGUGUUGCAGAAAGCCUACUUUCUCAGAGGCUUAGAUCACUUGGUGUUCAGGGCCAAGCAAACAAUGAAGCAAAUAAGGAGUCGGAUACAAUGCAGGAGUAGGAUAUCAUUCCCCGGGCUGCGGCGUUGGUGGAAGAUCCAUCUACAUCGCCGUUAGGAUGUAAUUUAUUUUACUUAGGUACAUAUUUUCCAUAGCAUGGAUCUUACGGCUGGGCAAUUCUUACAUUGGCUAAUGUAAAGGAUUUGUUGCUAGGAGUCUGGACACCGGUUGAGUUUAACAUGACUCCUAUGUAUUACUCUACACUCUGGCAUGGACAUUAUUUCGAGAUCAAAUGAAAUUUUCAAACGACGAACAGUCAUUGGCAAUGUGCUUAACCUUAGAUGCUCAUACUUGAACAUUUUGUUUACUUCAAUGUUGCAGGAUAUAAGAUAAACAGAUCACUGUAGUACGAAUACUAGGUACUCUAUGAAAUGCCCAACG